AUGUCUACAAUAAAUACUCAUCGUUUGUCUCGAGACAAAUUUUAUUCAAUUCCAAAUAUUUCUUCUGAUCAAUUAAUUGUACAAGAUGGUUUGAAAAAUCCAGCAUUUUCAAAUGAUAGUGAUACAUUUACAAUCGGAAUCAAUAAUUCUCCACAUACAAUUGUUCAAUUACGUCGUUGUUCAGUAAUUUCUUCAUCAUCAACAUCAGCAAUAUUUUUUCGUCAUUCAUUAUUAUAUUAUUGUUGGCGUUUCUUUAUUUGUCUUUUAACAAUUCUUUUUGCAACACUCUGUUGUCAUACAAUAUAUCAAUUAAAAAUUAAAAAUUUACAUGCUUAUCAAAAACUUCAUAAUACAACAAACGACAAAACAUCAAAUAUAUGUCGAUUAUUUCAAUCAAAUCUAAAUCUAUAUUAUAAAAUUCCAGCUAAUUAUGUAUCAUUAGGAAUUUUAUCUAUUCUUAUUAUCAUACAAUUCAUUUUUGAAAAUUUUUCAUUUGGAAAAACGACAACAACGAAAUCGUUUUGGCAACAUUUACGAAUACCGAUGAUAUUUAAUUCUCAUUCACAUAUAUAUCGUUUUCAAUCCGCUGCUGUCUUUGGUAUAAUCGCAUUAGAAAUUUUACAUAUAUUUGAUGAAUAUAUAAUUCAUGGUGCAAAACAUUUUCAAAAUGGACCAUUAAUUGAUUUAAUUAUACAAUUUGGUAUUGGUCUUAUGUUAGGUUUAAGAUAUUUUCCUAUAUUAUCUAUAUUUGAAAAAGAAAAUAAUUAUGAAAAUCGUUUAGAAAAUAUUUUAUGUUAUGGUUUAGCAACAAUUUAUUUAUAUUGUGAAAUUAUAUUUAAAUUACAAUCCGAUAUUAAUUGUGCAUUUGAUAAAACUAAAAUGUCAAUUAUUAAAGAAACAUUAGAAAAACUUAAUCAAAUGGGUAUAAAUGUCAAACAGUAUAUGAUUGGACAAUUGGGUACAAAUCUAACAACAAAAUUCAAUGAUACAUAUCAAAAUACUCAUUUAUGGUAUACAAAUAAAAUCGAAACAUACAAUGCUAAUUUAACUUAUGAUGAUACAUAUGAAAUUGAAAAUGAAUUAACACGUUUAAAUUAUUCAUUAGAAUUAAAUAAACAAAGUAUCUUAUAUAAUAUAUUACGAAAUGCACCGUAUUAUUAUUUUAUAAGUUAUUUAGCUGUAUGUUUAACAAUAUUAUUUCUUAAAACAUUUCGUAAUAAAUUUCAAAAAUCAUCUUCAUAUCAAUCAUUACCACGAUGGAAAUAUGUUAAAUAUAAUUUAUUAAAAUCAACAAAAUAUAUUUAUUCGAAUGAUCAACAAGAAUAUUCACGUUUAUUUCGAUGUUUAAAUUCAUUUAUAUUCUUUUUUAAACAACACAUUUAUUCCAUACGUCCAUAUUUUCGUUAUUCAAAAUUAAUUGUUUGUAUAUAUAUAAGUGCAUUUACACUUGUCUAUUAUUUUACAUUUUGGAUACAAGAUCAUACAUAUUUAUUAACAAAAAAAUUAUUAUUAUUUUUAAAUUUAAUUCUAUGUGGUUUAGCUGAUUUAUCAAAAGAUUUAUGUUAUAAUUUAAAUAUAAAUCAUAUUAAUCAAGAUAUUAAAUAUAUUUGUAUAUUAACAGCGUCAAUAACAUAUUUACAAUUAUUUUGUGGUUUAAAACAUUAUCAAACACAAAUGUGUAAUGCAUAUAAAGGAAUAUUUAAUGAUAUACCUAAACCAAAACAUAUUUCAUCAGUGUCAAUUAUUAGUAGAUCAAUACAUUAUCCAGGAAGAUUUAUGGGUUCAUUAAUUUACAGUUAUGGAUUUUUAUUUUUAUUUGUUUCAAUAUUUUAUAUACUUUCUCGUUAUAUAUUCUAUUCAAUAAUUGUUCUGGAAUUUGCUUCGAAAAUAUUAUUACCAAUGAUAAUAUUCUUUUUAUUUCAGUUAUUAUUUGUACGUCUUUUAUGUAAAUUAUUAUUUAUACAAAAUAAUCAUCUACUGGCAUUACGUAAUCUACGUCUUUAUUAUACAUUUUCAUAUUUUAGCUUCUUUUUCGAUUGUUUUCUUGGUUUUAUUAUGUGUUUAUCACGUAUAUCAAAAGGUUUUGCAUGUACAUUAGUUUUUUUUGCACGUCUUGAUUAUUCAGCAUAUGGAAGAGGAUUAGAAAUGUAUGAUACCUCCUAUGCAUCUUAUGUUAGUUAUUUUCAUAUUGAAAGAAAUCAACGACAUCCUGUUUUAAAUGUAUUCAUUGAUAUCAUUCGACAACGUCUUAUUGAAAUAAGAAAAUUAAAAUUAAAAAUAUCCAAGGAACAAACAAAUCAAACAUAUGCAAAAGAAAAAUCUUCUCAAUUAGCACGUUUUCGUUGGACAUUAGCUUAUACAUUAAUACAUAAUGAACAAUUGAAACGUUAUCGAAAACAUCGAUUAUGUUCAACAAAAAUAAUACAAUCAAAAACAUUAGAACGUUUAUUUGAUAGAAUUGGUUUAUCACAAACAUUACCAAGAAAAUAUUAG